AUGGCCAACUCUCUCGAGCAGCUCAAGGCCUCUGGCACCGUCGUCGUCAGCGACUCUGGUGACUUUGCCUCCAUCGGCAAGUACAAGCCUCAGGAUGCCACCACCAACCCGUCCCUGAUCCUCGCUGCCACCAAGAAGCCCGAGUAUGCCGCCGUGCUGGACGCGGCCAUCGCGAAGGCCAAGGCAGAGGGCGGUGACAUCCAGACUCAGGUUGAUGCGGCCCUCGACCACCUCCUGGUCCAGUUCGGCAAGCGCAUUCUCGAGAUCAUCCCCGGCAAGGUGUCGACUGAAGUCGACGCUGCUUUCUCCUUCGAUACCCAGAAGUCUGUUGAGAAGGCUCUGCACCUCAUCAAGGCAGGCGUGUCCAAGGACCGCGUGCUUAUCAAGAUCGCGUCGACAUGGGAGGGUAUCAAGGCGGCUGAGAUCCUGCAGCGCGACCACGGAGUCAACUGCAACCUUACGCUCAUGUUUUCCAUCGUCCAGGCCAUUGCUGCCGCCGAGGCUGGCGCCUACCUGAUCUCGCCUUUUGUCGGCCGCAUCCUUGACUGGUACAAGGCGCACACCGGCAAGAGCUACAGCAAGGAGGACGACCCGGGUGUCGCCAGCGUCAAGAACAUCUUCAACUACUACAAGAAGUUCGGCUACAAGACCAUCGUCAUGGGUGCUUCCUUCCGCAACACCGGCGAGAUCACCGAGCUGGCUGGCUGCGACUACCUGACCAUUUCUCCUGCCCUCCUUGAGGAGCUCCUGAACUCGACCGAGCCGGUCACCAAGAAGCUCGACGCUUCCGCGGCCGCCACCCUCGACAUCCAGAAGCGCAGCUACAUCAACGACGAGCCCAGCUUCCGCUUCGACCUCAACGAGGAUCAGAUGGCGACCGAGAAGCUGCGCGAGGGUAUCAGCAAGUUCGCUGCUGACGCCGUCGUGCUCAAGGAGAUCAUCCGCGCCAAGCUGGAACAGGCGUAA